AUGCCUGAAGAUAGUAAAAUAUUGGAAACCGAAACUAUUGAAGUUUUUAAACUUAAAAAGUAUCUCAGCACUAAAGAAGAAAUAAAGAUAAAUGCCUUCAAAAUGUUGGAACAAUUAUUAAAUAUAGCAUACAAUGCUAAAAUUAAAAGAGCAAGACAGCAAAUGCAGGAAAUUAUAAUAAAUUUUAUAGUCGCAUUGCAGAUGGCCAUAAUGAUUUGGAGUCCCAAUGUAAGUAUAAAAAACUGGGAUCCAGAUUUAGAUACUUGGCAGACAAUCAAAUAUGUCAGCUUCGAAAGAAUAUGUGGAGAGACUGGAACACUUAAUAUAUAUUUCUAUAUAACAGUCUUCGAAAUAUUGCUUUGCGUCUUUUGCUUUAUAGCGCUUCUUUCGCUUAGCUAUUUUGAAACUACUCUUUCAUAUUUCUAUAUUUUACUCCCAAAGAAAAUUUUAUGUUUCCUCACUUCCAUAGGCUUUAUACCUAGUAUGAUGAUUUUAUUAGUAGUAUUCAAAUAUUCCACCUUUAAUUACCACGAAAUUUCUGAAUAUUCUAAUAAUAUUUCAUCAUACUAUAUUAAUUAUGGAAAACUUGUCGGAUUUUUUUCAAUUUUACUUGCUAUCAUUUUACUGACAAUUAAUAUUUUUUCAAUAAUAUUUACAUCUGAUAUAAGGCAUUCCUUUGCAAAAGUAAAUAUCAGAUCAAGAGCUUUUUCGAAGCUUGAAAUAGCUCAGCUUUUUUUUAUGUUUUUUCAAUGCAUUUCUUUUGUAAUGCUGAAUGAAAAAUAUGUUUUAAUUAGUCAAGGAUUUUUAUUCAUAUAUGGAUUUAUUCUUGCUAAAAAAAUUAUUUCAGCACUUCCUUAUUAUAACCCCAUUGAAAAUGCAAUAAAAUCAUGCCAAAUUAGUGCAAUAUCAAUAUCUAUCUUAAUUUUUCUAUUUAGCGCAUAUUUGGAUAAUGGAGAAAUUAUUGCUAUUUUAAACGUAUUUUUGCAACCUUUUGCGCUAAUUUUAGUAUGUCUUAAAGUAAAAUCAAACUCAGCUGCAAAAAUUGAAGUAAAUACUGACUUUAUAAAUCAAUAUGAAUUUGAAAGAAAAAUGAGACCAAAAUUAUGUAAUGAAUUAAAACAUGAUUUUAACGAUUUAAUAAAUAAAUUCUCUUAUUUUAGCCAAAAAGCGAAAUUUGAAUAUGAUAAACUAUUUGUAUUAUGAGAAGCUACUUAUUGUUUUUAUGUGCUCAAAAAUGAACAGUUAGCAAGGGUUAAAUUAACAAAAAUGAAAAAUGCCAAAAAUACUUUAGAAGGAGAAAUCCAGCAAUGAUUGCUUAUUAAUAAGCUUGACAACAAUAAAACUAGUUCAUUUGAAGUAAAAUUUUUAGAGUAUUUAGACGAGCUAAACAGAGUAAAAGCGUAUAAUUUAUCAUUAUGCGAAAAAUUGCUUGAUGUGAUCAAUGAAAUUUUAUUAAAAUCUCCCAAAAUUGAUAAAUUAGUAAAUAUGAUCACCCAUGUAUCAGACCAAAUCAAUAAAAUGAGAAAUUCGUAUGAAAACCUUGUAAGUAGCCACAAACAAAUCUGUGGGAUCGAGCUUUAUGCGUCAUUUUUGCAAAAUAUUCUUCAUAAUGAUGACCUCAGUAAUCUUAUGCUAAGAAAAAUAGAAACCAUAAAAAUUAAUGGCUUUAACUCUGCAGCUUUUAAUGAACAUAAUGGAAUCCUCCUUGUUUCAGUUGAUUCUAUAUCAUUUGGAGAAAUCGUAUAUAUAAAUGACCCAGCUUUAUAUAUACUAAAAACUUCAAGGCUUGAUACUAUAGGAAAAUCUUUUACGAAAUUUAUACCUCUACAGUAUAGACUUAACCACGAUACAUAUAUUCAUGAAUUCGUCCAAAACUGUACAAAUCCUGAUGUUACAAAUCAUCAUGAUUUCUUCCUUGAAAAUGACGAAGGAUUUUUAUUUGAAUGCCAGCUAAUAAUAAGGUUCACUCCGAUGUAUAACAAGGUUUAUAUUUUAAUUUCCAUAAAGUCUCUCAACACUUCUAGGCAAAUGGCUUUAAUUAGCAAUGAAGGCAUUAUUCAAAAUCAUACUAAUAAAUUUCCAUAUUUUUUAGGGUGUGAAGGGGCAAGUGCUAAGAACAGAAAUAUUUCUGAAUUUAUUUCAAAUUUUAGUAUGCACUCUAUCAAUACUUUGGAACCUAAAAUUGAAAUGGUUGACAACCAUGAAAUCGCCUUAAUCCAUUCAGAAAAAAUCAUAAAAGACACUAAAAUCCACACUUUUACAAUAAUUUACAGUGAAGAUGAUAUGCAUAUCUGGAAAAGUGAACCCAAAUCUCACCAAGUCAUUUAUCUCAAUAGCAGCAAUGAUACGGACACUGCAAUUUAUUACUGCAAUUGGAUGCCAUCAAUUAAUCAAAAAAUGUAUGAAAACAUUAAAUCUGUCUUCAAGUUAACUGAAAAAUUGCCUCAAGUACCUAUAGAAAAUAAUGAUAAUAUCGAUGUCCCCAAAGACUCUCAAAAAUUCGUAGAACAUUUUUCGGCCCCUAAAGACCUUCUAACUCCAUUAAGCAAAGAUAGAUCUAAUUCUGCCUCAAACAGCCAAUCGAAUUCCGCUCAACGAUUUGUUACAAAAGUGAUCCAAGAAUCAGAAAACCGUAUAAAAUUUUUCCAGUCUAUCUUUUUCUUUUCAGUUUUAGCUGUCGCUUGCUCAAAUAUUGGGAUUUUAAUUUAUAUUUAUGAUGAAGUCGAUCAUACGAACUCAUUGAAAACUUUUGAGCAUUUAGGAGAAAUUUUAUAUUUAAUAGCAUCCUCUGCUGAUUUUGUAGUAUCGAUAAGCUAUCAUGUGAAAAAUGGGCAAUUAUCAAAUUCAAGUAAUGUCCUGAAUUUUAACAGGACUAUUUUGCAGUUGAAUUCUUUAAAAGAUUCGAUCAGAACUGAUUAUGCAGACUGAAGUUACUGCCAGAACUCUGAUAUUUCGAUAAAACCUUUAAUUCCUGUAUGGAAAUAUGAAAAUAAUAAUGAGCUGAAAAUGGUUAACUUUUAUGAUGCCAUACAAGAAUUCAUAAUUAAAGGAAAUGAUUUUAUAUCAAAAGUAGAAACUAGCAGCGAUAAUUCUAAUGAAAUGAAAUUUAUCAUAAAAAACUCACUUGGAUUCAUGUAUGAGUACUCAGAUUCUGCAUUAGAAGGACUUGUUAGCUGUGAAAAAGACCGUAUAAGUGGCCAAGGAGCUAAUAUAGGUGCAUUUUUAGGCCUUGGAGUCGGGAUUAUUACUCUAUUCUUAUUCCUCCUCCUCGAUUAGCGAUCAAAGCCACUGGAAAAAUCCCAUUUUUUGCUGAAAAAACCCAUACUCAAUAAUUGAGAAAAAAUGUUUUUGAUAUAAAAAUAUUUUAUAAAAAAUUUUUGAUCGUGAUUAUUGGUAUAAAUAAAAUUUCUAGCCAAUUCUGUAUCAUUUAAAACAAAUUCCAUUUUUAACAUAUAGAAAAUUCCUGGGGAUAGCGCGGAAUACGCUAUCCCCAGGAAUUAUCUAUAAAUUUUACAAAUUAUAUAAAUAUUUGAUUUCCAAAUUUUUGCUCAAAAGUAUUAUAAAAUUUAAUAAUUUUUUCUUAAAAAAAUAAUAAAUCCCCUUCGUGAGCGAAAAGACUUUUUAUACGCCUAGGGGUAGAAGUUAGCUUUUUUAAUAAUCCAGGUUCUUUCCAUUAAUAAAAGAUAUAAAGCACUAUGAAAUACUGUUAUGAAAGUAUCCCGAUUAUUUGGUGCCGAAGAGAAAUAUAUUUUGAUAGAAAGACUUGCAGAAGUCCAUGGAAUUGACUAUGCCUCAAUAGACAAUAAUUGCUCAUCUAAAAAAAGCCAUGAGGAUUAUGAAAAAUUGAGUUUUAAAGUGUUAUGAAGAUAUGCAUGAAGGCUGUCGAUGUUUUUCCUUGUUUCUGUGGCAUUCUAUUUGGUCAUUUAUUUUGCACUUUAUGCUCGUUGUGAAGAAUUUAUGGUGAGUCGGCCUGUGAUUCUACAAACUUUUACCAAGCAAAGAGCUCUAUUAUCAAGAAUGAGCCUUUUCGCAAGAGAUAUUAAUAUUCCUGUAAAUGAGGGGCUAUUUGCAAGCAGUUAUUCUUUUAAGAAUCCAAAAACAGAAUUAGUAAACUCAGCAAGCCUUUUAAACGAUGAAAUCUUGAAUAUGAGGGAUUCUAACUCCCCCUUUGAAUUUGAGCAAAUUUAUCUGUAAAAUUUCAAAUUUUGGUAUAUUAACCCCGCUUUAGAUUGUAACAAAAAUUUUUAAAUGGGAGGUGAAAAUUUAAUUUUUAUAUAACUAUUUUUGCCUAACUCAAUUGAAGAAGUGCAAUUAGAAUAUAUUUAAAUUGUUAAAGCACUAAAUCAUUAAUUCAAUUUACAUGUUUUAAUUAUGUAAUACUUUGAAUUUAUUUUUAUAUUGAAAAAAUUCCUCCUUCAAAUUAGAAUACGACUUUUUGUUCCAAUUUAAGUGUGGGAGUAGGAUUUUAGACUUGGCUUCUGAAGAUCUAAAGAAAAGAAUUUUUGAAUACUCUGAAAUCGAUGUAGGUAUAUUAAAAUAUGGGACAAUAUCAGCAAUAAAUUCAAUGAUUUUUCAAGCUUUUAGCUUGGGGAGCGGAAUAGAUUCUUCUUCAGAGGCUAAAAUUAAUUGUUUUACUUCUGGUAUAUCACAAAUACAACAAGAUGCAGAUAUUAAUUUUGGACUAGCAAAUCAAGAGUCAAAAACAAAAAUCGAAGGUAUUUUAGGCAGUAUCAUUCAGAUUACAAUUGUCUAUUCAAUUGGGUCCAUCCUCGUUUUUAUCUGUUUUUAUUGGCCGUUUUUAAUUUCCGAGAGAAAAAUUCUGUUAAAAAUUCAGAACUUUACAAUUAUUUUGCCUGCAAAAAUAAUUUUUGAUAAGAAAUUAUUUAAAUAA